UUUCCUCGUUGGAUGAGGUGUUCUCCAUUCGUGGAGUCCCUGCCCAGCUGAGCCCCCACCAGAGCCACGUCCUCCCAUCAGCAUACAGCCUUUAUUUUGUGCUCCAAUAAUUCCAAGGCAACUCUGCUCCCCUCUGAGUUUAGGAGAGAUUUACUGAGUAGGCAUGUGAAGAUGCUCUGGGGCAAAAUGGAGGUGCCUGGGCACCGCUGCCAUCUCUCCCAGGGUAAGGACAUGUGGCUGAGAAAGGACAAGCAUCCUCUGCCCCAGCACCAGGCAGUGCCUUUUAGUGGGGACUGGGCUGCAAAGCAGCCUGCUGAGGUGUGGAGCUGGCCUCUGCCUGACGCUGCUCUCGCCCAGCCAGGGUGAGGGAGAACAGCGGGCAAACACAGCCUCUGUGGCUCCCCUCGCCCAGGUUCCCCAGGAGCAGUGGUGCUGGCGGGGGGGCCACUUGCAUAAGCCAUGAAUGCAGCAGCCGGUGCAGGGAGGUGAAGGGCAGAGCACUGAAAAUCCACACAGCCUCCAGCAAGGGCUCCCUGGCGCAGGAGCUCUGCUCGCUGACACACAUCCGCAGGUCCCCAUCUGCAGCUGCUGCUGCCUGCAGAUCCCUCCCUUCCCUGAGAACCCCACGGGGGGCUGCCACAUCUGCUCCACUCCCUGCCAACAGCCCGGUGUGGGGACAUGGGAGCAGAAUUCUGCCUCCCUGGGGCUUCCUUGUGUGGCUGGGAGGCAGCCGGGGAGGUGAGGGGUGGCAGGGAGUCUGUGGUGCCAGCACAGGGGGGACACAGCCCAGAGAUGCUUCUGCCUGCCCAGCACCCGGGUUGGGCCUCGGGAUCUCGCCGCUUUGGCCAGUGGCACGUGGAAGGGAGAAAGCUGGCUGGAGAGCGUGUGGGCAGGCGUGAUGAGUGUCUGGGUGGGACACGUGGGUCUAAUUUGCAGGUGUGUGAGGUGGGGUGGUGGCACCUGGGCAGGGGAUCGAUGCUGGGAUGGAGCUGAGGAGCACAGACUGUGUGGGGCGGGAGCACGGGCGGCUCCAGCUCAGCCAGGAGGGGAGGGAUGCAGGGAGCUCUUGUGGAGGGGCCAUGCUGGGCAGCAGUGGUGUCGACAGGUUCCUUGAGAGGUGGGACAGUGCCAGGCAAGUGUCACUAUCCUGGUUAUUUUGGCACCCAUACUCUGCUGCUGAUAGCGUCCUGCAGCAUGGGGCAAGGACAUCGUCCUACUGCCCAGGGCAGCUGCGGGGCUCACCCGGGCGGGGCAGGGGCAGGGCUGGCCCCCAGGCGCUGGGGACAGGCGCUGCAGGUGUGGACACACGCAGGGUUUGUGUCUGCACCCACUCGUGCAGCCCAUGCUUGCCUACUCCCACAGCUGCCUGCCUGGGCGGUGGCAGAGCCAACGAGCACCCAUGGGUGGGAGGGUCCGGCCAGGGAUCCUGGCUCCUUCUGCAACUCUUUGAUUCUUCCCAGAGCAAGUCUGCUGUUAAUUCCUUCCAUCUCUCCACAGUAUCAGCAGUCCACUCCGAGCCGGGCCAUUGGUAGGCGGGCAGCAGCAGGCAGCUGGCAGGCUGUGAGGAGCGGUGGCACAUCUCCCUGCACCUGUGCUCCCAACUCACCCAGCAGAAGGUGUGGCUGGGCUGCGCGCUCCUGACUUCUGUCCCUCCUGCUCCGUCUGUUGCCAGUGGGCAAAUCAGAGGCUUGGCAUGAUGAGGAUGCCCUGAGCCCUCGCCCCAGGAGCUUCAGGCCUGGAUGUUGGUGCUGUUCCUCCCGGACGAUGUGGCUGAUACUCUGGAGGAGCCCUCUCUUGCCCCCUGUUCUCCAAGUGCCUGAGCUGGUGGCCGGCUGGGACCUGCGUCUCACCCUCUGGGUCCUGAGCUUCGCCUCGGCAGUUGUGCGGAUGGAGGGCCAGGUCUACUCGCCGACUGUCAACACGCACUAUGGGAAGUUACGGGGGGUGCGCGUGCCACUGCCCAGCGAAAUCCUGGGGCCUGUGGACCAGUACCUGGGGGUGCCUUAUGCUGCCCCCCCCAUUGGGGAGAAGAGGUUCAUGCCCCCUGAGCCGCCACCAUCCUGGUCAGGCAUCAGGAACGCUACCCACUUCUCGCCAGUCUGCCCCCAGAACAUCCACAACGCUGUUCCUGAGAUCAUGCUGCCCAUCUGGUUUACCUCCAAUUUGGAUAUUGUGGCCACGUACAUCCAGGACCCCAACGAGGACUGUCUGUACCUCAACAUCUACAUCCCCACGGAGGAUGUAAAACGGAUUUCCAAGGAAUGCACCCGAAAGCCCAACAAGAAAAUAUGUAGGAAAGGAGGAGCCAGCGCUAAGAAACAGGGCGAGGACUUAGCGGAUAAUGACGGUGAUGAAGAUGAAGACAUCCGGGACAGCGGGGCCAAGCCGGUGAUGGUGUAUAUCCAUGGCGGCUCAUACAUGGAGGGCACGGGGAACAUGAUAGAUGGCAGCGUCCUGGCCAGCUACGGGAACGUGAUUGUCAUCACCCUGAACUACCGCGUUGGAGUGCUUGGGUUCCUGAGCACAGGGGACCAGGCUGCCAAGGGCAAUUACGGGCUGCUGGACCAGAUACAGGCACUGCGCUGGGUCAGCGAGAACAUCGCCUUCUUUGGGGGAGAUCCCUUGAGGAUCACCGUCUUCGGCUCCGGCAUCGGUGCCUCCUGUGUCAGCCUGCUCACCCUCUCCCACCACUCUGAAGGUCUCUUCCAGAGAGCCAUCAUCCAGAGCGGCUCCGCGCUCUCCAGCUGGGCGGUGAACUACCAGCCCGUGAAGUACACCAGCAUGCUGGCUGACAAGGUGGGCUGCAACGUGCUGGACACAGUGGACAUGGUGGACUGCCUGCGGCAGAAGAGUGCCAAGGAGCUGGUGGAGCAAGACAUCCAGCCGGCUCGCUACCACGUGGCCUUCGGGCCGGUCAUUGACGGGGAUGUGAUCCCGGACGACCCAGAGAUCCUGAUGGAGCAGGGCGAGUUCCUCAACUACGAUAUCAUGCUGGGGGUCAACCAGGGCGAGGGGUUGAAGUUCGUGGAGGGCGUGGUGGACCCUGAGGAUGGCGUUUCAGGCAGUGACUUUGACUACUCAGUCUCCAACUUUGUAGACAACCUGUAUGGCUACCCGGAGGGCAAGGACACCUUGCGGGAAACCAUCAAGUUCAUGUACACGGACUGGGCCGACAGGGACAACCCCGAGACACGUCGCAAGACUCUGGUGGCCCUCUUCACCGACCACCAGUGGGUAGAGCCGUCGGUGGUGACAGCUGACCUGCAUGCCCGCUAUGGCUCCCCCACCUACUUCUACGCCUUCUACCACCACUGCCAGAGCCUGAUGAAGCCUGCAUGGUCUGACGCGGCCCAUGGGGAUGAGGUGCCUUAUGUGUUCGGGAUCCCCAUGAUUGGCCCCACAGACCUCUUUCCCUGCAACUUCUCUAAGAACGAUGUCAUGCUCAGCGCUGUGGUGAUGACCUACUGGACCAACUUUGCCAAGACAGGGGACCCCAACAAGCCCGUCCCCCAGGACACCAAGUUCAUCCAUACAAAGGCCAACCGGUUUGAGGAGGUGGCCUGGUCUAAGUACAACCCCCGCGACCAGCUGUACCUGCACAUCGGACUGAAGCCACGGGUACGCGACCACUACCGGGCCACCAAGGUAGCUUUCUGGAAGCACCUGGUCCCACACCUGUACAACCUGCAUGAUAUGUUCCACUACACCUCCACCACCACCAAAGUGCCGCCACCUGACACCACGCAGAACUCCCACAUCACCCGCCGGCCCAACGGCAAGAUCUGGACCACCAAGCGCCCUGCCAUCUCACCUGCCUACAACAGUGAGAACGGGAAAGAGAAGUGGAGCCCGGAGCAGGAGGCAGGCACUCUGCUCGAGAGCCCCCGCGACUACUCCACUGAGCUGAGUGUCACCAUUGCCGUGGGCGCCUCCCUCCUCUUCCUCAACGUGCUGGCCUUUGCUGCCCUCUACUACCGCAAGGACAAGCGCCGGCAGGACACACACCAGCAGCCCAGCCCCCAGCGUGGUGCUGCCAACGACAUCGCUCAUGCGCCCGACGAGGAGAUGCCCUCCUUGCAGGUGAGCCAGGGGCACCAUGAGUGCGAGGCUGUGCCGCCCCACGACGCCCUGCGCCUGGCUGCUCUGCCCGACUACACCCUCACCUUGCGCCGCUCUCCGGACGACAUCCCUCUCAUGACCCCCAACACCAUCACCAUGAUCCCCAACUCGCUGGUGGGGCUGCAGACCCUGCACCCCUACAACACCUUCACUGCCGGCUUCAACAGCACGGGGCUCCCACACUCACACUCCACCACCCGGGUAUAGCUGCCCGCCGCCGGCGCACACGCAUGCACACACGCACACGCACGCAGCAGACACUGGCAGAGGGACCGGUGGGGCCGACGGAGCCCCCGGACGGAGGGGCAGCACCCACGGACGGUGUGGCACUGAGCCCGGAGACCUGUGGGGUCCUGGCACAGCCAGAUGCCCUGCUCUUGCCCCAGCGCUUUCUUUUGUUCCUAUCUUAACUUUUGAGAAGUGCUUUGAUUCUCCUGGCUCCCGGCCGGAGGGCCCUGUGGGUCGCCCCGGGGCACUGAUGGGGUGCAGGGGAGACACAGUGUAGCCCCUGUGCCCGUGCACCGGUGCGGGCGGCCAGGGGGGACCCUGCUGGCAGCAACCACGGGGCUCCCCACACCGUGGCUGUGCCUCCUCCCCAUGGGGCAAUUGCAUCCCCAGCGCUCCACCUGCUGAGCACCCCGGGACUGAUGAGGAGUGGGGCCGGGCAUCCCUCUUGGCCGGUGCCCGGGCAUCUCCAGGCAGCUUGGCAUCCCGAGUGCCCUGGAAAAGGCUCCUUCACUGUCUUGAGAAGUGGCCCCAAGCCAUGGUGCUAUAGGCAGAGGGAGCGGGCAGGGUCUGGGGACUCAGCCUCGUGCUGGGUGCGGGCGCUGGGGCUGGUGCCGGGGCUUGGGGACCCCGGGAACCCUGGGAGCGGUGCCCCAGGCUGGAGACUUGGCACCUCUGCCCCUCUUUGCGCUGCAGAGAAUCUCUUUUGUGUCAGUCGUUUCUCUUUGCAGAGACAUUUUUUAAGCAGAUCUUUAGUUCUUUACACACUAACGGAGUCGCCGCGUUUUGUCCUUUGUAAAGAUUUUAAAACCAAGUGUUCUUGAUAUAAAAUAAAAAGCCAGUUAGAAGCCAGUGUGUGCACGCGGUGCCGGCCCCCCGCGGCCCCCGCCUGCCGCGGGCGGGCACCAGGCAGGGCACUGCCUCCUGCGCCGCGGGGCCGCCCUCUUUUGUAUUUUUGAUAUUCUCCCUCCUCUGUCACCCAUGCCCACGUAUCUCAGCCAAAUAGCCCACCCGACGGCCCGCCUGCGAGCACCCCCCACCCUGGCCCACCCCGCUGCCACCACCAGCCAGUGCCACCCACCGCCCCACAUGGGCAUCACCUGCUGUGAGCACCGUCUGCCCACCCCCAUCAACCCAGGGCAGCCCCCCGGCACAGUGUCCCAGUGCUCCCCACCCUGCCCUGCUCCCCUGGGAGCAGCCCACGUCCCUUCACCACUGCCCCAGGCCACGGGGUGCCCACCCUGCCUGGAAGCUGAGCCAGCCGUUUGCAGCCUGCGGCAGGGGCGGGCAGUGCUGCGGGGCUGGCGGGAGCAGGGUGAGCGGUGCACCGACCACCACUCUGUCUCCCACCUCGCUCCCGCUGGGGCCUUUUCCCCUGUCAUAGGGUGACCCCAGCUCUGGGAUCCAGGGCAUGCGGCCAGGGUAGAUACCUGGGCGCCUGCUCAAGCAGGGCUGCUGGGGGUGAUGCAGCCUGCAUGGGGCUGGGAGCAGCCACCCCCGGGGCUGGAGCACCUGCUGGGCUGUUGGUGGCCACCAAACUGCACGCAGCUGUGGGUAGCGGGGCUUUAGGUGAAGGGCUUUGGUGUAGGUGGGCAUGGAGAAGGAGCUGCCCAGGAGCCCACACAGGGCACCCCAGUCUCAGCCCCCCGCAGUGGGCACUGGCACCCGGGGCCUGGAGAGGCAGGAGGAAAGGACGGGUCCUUGUGGGGACACUGUACCCCGUCCCUGUGCAAGACGGUCCGGCUGGCAGACGCUGCCCACGCUGGCGGCCGUGACGCACCGGUGCCGGCUGGCCCUACUGCCUGGGGCCAGAGCACCCCCCAUCCCGGCCCUGCACCCUGCCCUGGCCCCCACCCCUCGGGCAGGGCUGAGGGUGAGGAUGCUCGUUGGAGAAUGUAUUUAUACCCUGUCACCUGCGCAGAGUAACAAAUUCCAAAUAAAACAGAAGUGAUAUUUUUAA